AACUACUGGUUUGUCAUCAAAGACAUGGUUUUGUACACAUAUAAGGCCAGCGAAGACGUGGCGGCGCUCAAGUCUCAGCCCCUACUGGGCUUCAAAGUGGACCGUUUGCGGGACGCCGUCGACGGCAUUGACGCCAAACUACUCGUCCAACUCUCACAUCCGGGUCAGCCCACACUCAUCUUCCGCGCCGAGACUGUCGGCUCUGCCGAACGUUGGUUCGUAGCGAUGCAAACGGCGACAACAUUGGAGUGAAUGUUUCCCGCAAUACUUCUCCUCAUUAUUACAUUUAUAGACACACAAUAUAAUUGCCAUUUAUUUGCAAAUUGUUUUUGAUUUUAUAAAUAAUUAUUUAUUGUAUUUAUUUUUCUCUCGCCAUUUGAUUAAUGUGUAUAUAUUUAUUCUCUUUAAUUAAAUACAUGUUACUUUAGCAACAUAUAAUA